AUGGCGCGGCUGACCAGAGGUGGCAUCAGAUCAAAGAAACGGUGGCAUAUGCAUGUUGGAGGCGGCGCCGGCGGAAUUCCGGAGGCAUUCUGGGUAGAGAAUUUGACGGAAAAGGUCCACGAGAUCACCGGCGUGGUGACGGAGGUGGGGAAGAACGUGGCAAGGUUCAAGGCCGGCGACCGCGUCGGCGUCGGGAGCAUAGUGGACUCGUGCCAGUCCUGCGAGAGCUGCCACCGGGCCUUCGAGAACCACUGCACCGGCGGGAUCGUCUUCACCUACAACUCCGUCGACCGGGGCGGCGCCGUCACCUACGGCGGCUACUCGACCACGGUGGUGGUGCGCGAGCGCAUCGUGGUCGGGUUCCCGGAGUCCAUGCCGCUCGACGAUGGCGCGCCGCUGCUGUGCGCCGGCAUCACCGUGUACAGCCCCAUGAAGCACCACGGCCUGAACGUCCCCGGGAAGCACGUCGGCGUGCUCGGCCUCGGUGGGCUCGGCCACGUCGCGGUGAAGUUCGCCAAGGCAUUCGGGGUGAAGGUGACGGUGAUCAGCUCGUCGCCGGGGAAGAAGGAGGAGGCGCUGGGGAGGCUCGGCGCCGACGCCUUCGUGGUCAGCAGCAACGCCGACGAGAUGAAGGCGGCGACGUCCUCCAUGGAUGGGAUCCUGAGCACGGCGUCGGCGAACAUCCCCAUGGCGCCGCUGUUCCGGCUGCUGAAGCCCAACGGCAAGCUGAUCCUGCUUGGCCUGCCGGAGAUGCCGCUGGAGGUUGCACCCUUCGACCUGAUCAUCGGGAGCAAGACGCUGGCCGGGAGUAGCUUCGGCGGCAUGGCGGACACGCAGGAGAUGAUCGACUUCGCGGCCAACCACGGCGUGACGGCGGACGUGGAGGUGAUCGGCGCGGACUACGUGAACACGGCCAUGGAGAGCCUCGCCAAGUCCGACGUCAGGUACCGCUUCGUCAUCGACGUCGGCAACACCAUCCACGACGGCGGCGCCGCCACCGAGGUUACUGCCGCAGACAGCACAGCGUCGCCGUCGCCGUCGCCGAAGCCCACCGCUGGCCAUGAACACCAUGCUUCAGGGACAUGUCUAACAAAAAAAUCAAGUUACAAACCUGCGUUUAGUGCAGUCACAACAGUGCAUCAGUCAUCUUUCAAGAUACAGGCUAAGCUCACAACACUUGACAAGCCAUUUCUUUACCACUGCAACAUUGCCGCGAACAUUACCAAGCAGUUCAGUUCAUCAUCCGGAACCGCUGCUCAUGAUUCAAAUGCUUGGGCAUCUUGA